GAGCACACACUUCCAGCCGCACAGUCACAGUCUGCCCUCCUGUUUUUUUCCGGCUGUGCCGCUGCAGUGGCCGCAGUUGACCGCCGGGCGUCGCGAUUCGCGGUAAGACUGUGAUCCUAACACCCCCCCUCCUUCCCUUCUGUUCUCUUUCUCCUUCUGUUCUCUUUCUCUGCACAGGGACACACCGGCGCUGCUUCGCCGUCAGCCUGUCGCACCGGAGAGAGGAGGCAGAACCGAGACCAGAGAGACCGCUGACGACUCGCUACCGGCCCACGCACCCGGCUUGCGGAUGAUCGGAGGAGACGCCCGCCAAGAGGACCUGGAGACACUCAGACAGUAACACGCCAAUCCAGCAGAAACCUUGAGUUCCUCAAACAGGCAGGAGGGCAGUGAGUUUGUGCCCUGUGCUCUGGUGUCUAGCAAAUGGCUGAUAAACAGAUCAGUUUGCCUGCGAAGCUGAUCAAUGGUGGGAUUGCCGGGCUGAUUGGGGUCACCUGUGUGUUUCCCAUUGAUCUGGCCAAGACCAGGCUGCAGAACCAGCAGAAUGGGUCCCGCCUGUACUCCAGCAUGUCUGACUGCCUCUUCAAGACGAUCCGGUCUGAAGGAUACUUCGGGAUGUACAGAGGUGCCGCAGUGAACCUCACACUGGUGACCCCAGAAAAAGCCAUCAAACUGGCCGCUAACGACUUCUUCCGGCACUGGCUCUCCAGGGAUGGGGCAGCGGCUCAGAGGAAGAUGAUGGCCCAGACUGCCAGCUCCACCCCUGGGGGGACCGUUGCUACGGAGACAAAAUCGCCUACAGCCAUGCAGAUCACACGGGAUCUCCUGCGGAGCAAAGGAAUCGCCGGCCUCUGUGCCCACAGGAAGAUCCUGCAGCGUGAAGGUCCCCUUGCCUUCCUGAAGGGGGCAUACUGUCGUGCUCUGGUUAUCGCCCCCCUCUUCGGCAUCGCCCAGGUCAUCUACUUCCUGGGGGUUGGGGAGUUCCUGCUCAGCCAUCUUCCGCGUCGGCAGGAAUAACCAGCUACCAGCAUGCACUGCUGCAGCACCCACCCCCAGCCCCCGGCCCCCAGAGCCCAGCGAUCGGGGUCACACAGAGCCCCCAGCGAUCGGGGUCACACAGAGCCCCCAGCGAUCGGGGUCACACAGAGCGCCCAGCUAUCGGGGUCACACAGAGCGCCCAGUGAUCGGGGCACACAGAGCCCCCCACGGGGCUAGUGGCUGGCUGGCUCUGAUGGCCGUCUGAGAUCGGGGUCACACAGAGCCCCCCACAGGGCCAGUGGCUGGCUGGCUCUGAUGGCCGUCCGAGAUUGGGGUCACACAGAGCCCCCCACAGGGCCAGUGGCUGAAGUGCUCGCAGACACUGCAGGCUUUCACUUUUCCUGAAGUUCAUUUCAGUUUUAUAAUUAUGACAACAUUUUAGAAAAAUCUGUUUUUAGUUUUUGUCUGCGUUGAUUUGCCGGGGUGUCUUUGUCACUAUGUGCAUCUCUGUUUUGGAGAUUCUGUCCACCUUACUGUCUGUCCACCUGCCUGUCUGUCCAUCUGUCUGUCUGUCCACCUGCCUGCCCAUCACAGAUCUGUCCCUGAGUGUGUCUGCUCGUCCUGUGUGCACACACCUGUCUUUUAGUGAUUAUGUUUUUAUACUUGAACGCUGAUUUGCACAAGAGGGGUGUGGGAGAGCUUGUGCCGGUGUGCCUGUCCAGAACCGGACAGCCAGGCCUCAGUUCUCACGGGUCACCCCUACAGCCCGCGCACGAUGUGACAUCCGACAUCGAGCCUGCCCGAGCAGCUCUGAUUGGCUGACCCACACCCAUUUCGCAGAGAUCCCAAGUUAAUCAUCCAAAACAGGCCAUCAGUCCAAGGGACACGCCCACACUUUGAGCCCAGACCCUGACCUCUGUGUGACCCCAGCAGAGGGUUCUGGGAUUGCUCUGCACAUUCCACCCCUGACCUGCCCCAGUGGACAUCUCCUGACUGUAGUGGUUUGAGCCCGUCCAAUGUCAAUUUUGAGGAGUGUGUGUGUGUGUGAACCUCCUCCAGCCCAGGAUGGGUCAAUAACAGGACCCUGAUGACAUCACAGGAAACGGGUGGUUCCACAGCACAGUACAAGGGUGUUGACAUCUGCGAUGGUUCGAGGGAAAACUUGGCUAUAUCUCCAUCCUUAUAAUGUCUCAUAAUGUCCUACAGCAUGUAGUGUGUUUGGCUAACAGACGUAAGAAACCUUGAUCUAGGUGAUAUAUGAUAAUUGACAUACUAACGCAUUGGCUUGAGGUUAGAAAAUGAACACGGAUCAACUGAAAGGACCAGCAGUAAUCGCAGGCGUAUGGCACUCAGCUGACAGAGUGUGAAACUCUCCUCUGGGCCGAAGGAUGCCUGUACCUUCUCCCCCGGCUCCGCGGCCAGCUCGCCUCGCUGUCCUGAGCCUGUCCAGCUGUCUCCGGCCUGUCCUUCCCCUUCCUGGACACAGCGGCAGGGAGAGAGCUGCUCGCUGGCCUCUGCUGUGCUGCUCAUGAGGAAGUUGGCGUCUCCCUGCCAGACCCACGGCCAGACCGCAGCGCUCACCUGCCUGCUGUGGAGCUCCAGCUGUCGAGACCCUGCUGUACACUGACAGCUUUGUGAACAAGACAGCGCCCUCUAGGGUAAGAGAGCUGUCAUAGCGGUCCUGGGCUGGAGCUGGACACCUUUACAUUGAUACACACAUUGUCAGUGUGUGUUAGUGUGUGUAUAUCAGUGUUUGUGUGUGUCUGUGAGUGUGUCAGUGUGUAUGAGUGUGUGUGUGUUUCAGUGAGUGUGUCAGUGUGUGUGUAUCAGUGUGUUUCAGUGUGUAUUUGUGUAAGUGGGGGCUGCACUAGCUGUGCUGUAGAUGUUUCUCUCAAUAAAGAGCUGUUGUUCUGCA